CUCUACAACCACCUCAACUAACUCGACCACCACCACCAACAGCCAACACCACACAUCCCAGCACCCAGCAGGUCACACUCACAACUACACCUCACCAGCAUGUUGGAGUGGAGUGUGACGGUGGCGGAGCCCGUUGUGUUGACGGGCGAGACGGUGAGGCUGCGAAGCAUCAUCCGAAACACGACAAAGGCAGCAGGGACGGCAACGGCAGACACGGGCCACCAGGCCAGCGGUGGGCAGCAGACAAGCAGCUUUCAUGGCACGGCGAGCACAGCAGCAUCCUCAGUCACGAACACGACCACGGCAUUAUCAGGACCAACAGCGGCUUCAGACACCAGCAGUCAGAGCGGCAAUGCCGCGCGCGUUGUGAGCGGAUAUCGGCCAGUGCACUUUGAGCGGGAUGCCCACGCUGCAACAGCGGGCCAUGCAAAUGGCACCGCGCCGGGAGGGACAUUGAGCGCAAGGCCGUCAGCGGGCAUGAUCAAUGGACACGCCACAGGCCACGGUGCCGCCACAGGGAGUGGCGGCUCCAGACACGUUGUUGAAGGCACCGAAGCGAUUGCAUGCGCCAUUAUCCAAGUCGUGUGUCAAAUGGCCGGCAAUCCAAGCCGUGUGGACAUGCACAAGACAGAGACACCAACUACAUCCUACAGCUUCACCCCAGCAUCACAGGCCAAGGGCAUGGUCGUAUUCGCAUCUGUGCCUGUCAUCCUCUUUUGUGAUCUUCAGCUUGCACCUGGCGAGUCCAGACAAGACGAUGUCUCUGUCAAGAUUGCGCAGCACGCUCCACCCACGUACAAGGGCGAUUCCAUCUCUUACAUCUAUCGCGUUGUUGGCGGCUUGCAACGGUUCGAACACCCCACGCGCUACGCGCAUUUGCCCAUCAAAGUGCUUGCUGUGCCAGAAAAAGUGCGCCGUCAGUGCGCGCGUGGGAGUGCGACGUCUCUUCCAAUUGAAGAUGCCAUCAACGGUCUUGAAUCGCCCUCAUCGUCGUGUUCCCGCCCCACACAGCCGCACAGCCCGUUUGUUCCGCGCUCGGUUCCAACAGAGACGCGGGACCACAUUCUCCGCGCCAUCGCCUCGCUCACACGCAGGCGUGCCCCAUGCGUGUUUCGGCUGCGCAACAGCAAAGGAGCACAGAUUGCGGGCGUGUCGCUGUCGAAGCUGUCUUACCGGCUCGGUGAAACAGUGGAACUGACCGUGUCAUUGGAGGAGAGCGAGGUCACCGUUGUCCAGGUGAAUGCGCGUUUGGUGAGCCGGGAAGUGGUGCGGCCGGCGCACCGCCUUGCAGGAAUCACGGACGAACUCGCCACCACCAGCACCACACACGCGUCAACCACUCUGCACACCAGCGUGACCCUUCUUGAAUCUGUUGGGCUGCCCAUCCCGCUCGUCUCUCAUACCAACUUUGAAACACAAACAGUUUCUGUCGAGUGGAUGAUCGAGGUUGACUUGGCCUAUCGCCAGCGCGAGCCCUCUGCAUCCGUGCAGCCAACACAAGCACCCGGCCCCGCCACAGCAGCAGCCUCGUCGUCAUCCUCAUCCACAGCACCAGCACCAUCGCAUUCGUCUUCAUCAUCGUCGCCAGCCCAGCAGCAGUCCUCUGCUACCCCUGAUCACGUACGCUGGACGACAGCGCUUGAGGUAUUGCCGGCAAAUCCAAUCAACAUUCCCUUCAAAGCACCGCCCCUCAGCCUCCAAUGGUGAACUGAUGGCAGCUUAAUGCUGGUGUCGUUACAAAGCACGGAUGCCGUGUAUGUGUGUGUGUGUGUGUAUGUGUGUGCUGUUUGUUUGUUUUUGUGCGUGCAAUGGCGUGUGAUUUUAAUUGCCACAGCAGAUAGUUUGCUCGUUGCAGUUACACAAUGCAGUCUUGUCGCGCCUUGCUCGGAUGUGUUGACUGUUGACUGGGUGUCUAUCGUCACUAGAAAUGCCUUACUUGCCUGCGCAUCAGAAGUUUCUGUACAGUGCCACUUGCGCGCUCUCUCACUCUCACUCCCUCCCUCUGCGCGGACAGACAGACAGACAGACAGACACACACACACACACACACACACAC